AUGCAGUCCCUGCAAUCAUUUGCUUUCAUUUUAAUAUUUGUAAUUCUUGCAUUUGAUGUUUGUGAAUCUGAUGAUUGUAGCAAUCCCUUGAAGAGCAUUAGUGUUAGUCAAUCAGGCAAAGCAAAUUUCAAAACAAUUCAAAGUGCCAUUGAUUUUGUCCCUGCAGGAAACUCUCAAUGGAUUCAUAUCCAAAUAUCCUCUGGUGUUUACAAAGAGCAAGUAUUAAUUCCAAAAAACAAACCAUGCAUUUAUCUUGAAGGAGCUGGUAGCAAGUCCACAAGUAUAGAAUGGGGCUCUCAUGAAAAUGCUACUUUCGAUAUAAAAGCAAGCAAUACUGCUGCAAAGGGAAUAACUUUUACGAAUACAUUGAACAUGCCAGUAUUAUUAGACGUGAUUAACGUUGUACAAGCCAAAGCUGCGAAAAUCCAUGCAGAUAAAUGUGCUUUCUAUAGCUGUUCUUUUCUUGGGGUGCAAAAAUAUGUUUUGUGUGAAUCUUGCAGGCUGCUAGGUAUGCGUAGCUUGGACCAAAUGGUAGUCAAGGAAGGAUCAUGGUCCUAG